UUUUGUGCAUUAGAGGGCUAUAAAAGCCGAUCGCUCAUUGCGCACGCACCCUUUCGUUGUUCAAAUAUUGUGAAGCUAGUAACAUCUUCGUGGCGAGCGUUGUGCAAGUGUCUAAGUGCAAGUCUAAGCUAGUGGAACUUUCCCUAUCGAGCGCUACAAUUCUUGUUUGUCGUCCAGUGACAUUAUCCGUGAUCGGUUUCAAGUGUUUCAGUGUGCAGAACAGCGGCUGAGCCAUGGCUACCACCCCAGAGAAGGAGCUGAGUGCAUUCGAAUUGGGAGACUUAUACGUGAGCAUUCCUUUGCACCAGUGGGCUGCAGAGGAGGCCACUGAGCCAGGGAGUGAUUUGAUAUUGUUUGUUCAGGAACGGGAUAAGCAUAAGGUCGCUCAAGAUCAGAAGGACGAGGAGCUGGUUGAAGAUCAGUCGAAGAUCAAGAAGGCUCUAGAAGAUGCAAUGAGCGACAUUGUGGAGCGAGAUGAAAGUGAAGACAUCAGUGGAAAGCUGAUAGAAGCUUUGGAGGAAAUCCCGCAAGAGGCAAACAUCGUGGACGAGGAUCACGUCGAGCAAGAGACCACUCACGACGAAGCUCACGAUGAAGCUCACGAUAAAGCCAUCGUGGAGGCUUCGAAAGAUUACGCCGAAGGCGUUGAUCGCUGUGCACGUGUGGAGGUUUAAGCUGUUGAGCAGUGGAGCUGGCGAUGAGCUGAGUUGGUAUGCCGAUACCUGCCAGCAGCAGCAGAGGGAGUGAAGGGAGCGAAUGAACUGGAUAAAGUCCUGUGUGUUUCAAUGAUGUUGGAUGUAGUCUUGCAAUUUUUGAUACAUGGAUAAAGAGUUGUAAUGUUGUAUUUUUGGUAAAUCAAAAUUAUUGAAUAAAAUUGAAGCAAAUAUUUAGAAAAAAAACCUUGGGCUUAUUAAUUAUAUAAUGCUCCGCCUGUUU